AUGAGAAUAUCAGCAAGCUCACCGAAUAAUCAACGUCAUCCGGAUGAAGUAUAUACUGUUAUAGAAUCAUUUAAAGAAAUGCAUCGUGCAAAAGACGAUGACGAUAGCGAUAUUUUGACGAUUGAAGUAGCAAAAAAAAAUAAUCUACGUUCAUGGAUAUUAGUUGGUUUAUUUGUUAGUAUCUCAUUGAUUAUUGGAGUAUUAGUCGUUUGUUUGACUGUACCGAAGCAAGAUCAUACUUGUCAAUUCAAAUUUCGACAAACAAUGAAAAGCUCAGUUGUUCGCAGUUCACAACCACGUUCGAUCGCUGUCGGUGAUUUCAAUAAAGAUCAACAACUCGACAUCGUUGCUGCUAACUCGGGCACGGACACAAUUGUUGUGUUCAAUUUGGAUACGAAUGGAACCAUCCUGACAGAGCGAACGUAUGCAACAGGUGCAGGAUCUCGUCCGUGUUCGGUGGUCGUUAGCGAUUUCAAUCAGGACGGAUAUGUGGAUAUUGCUGUGGCGAAUAAUGGAACAAAUAGUAUUGGUCUUUUCAUCAAUAACGGAAGUGGAUCAUUUUUCGCUCAACAAGUUCUUUCGACUAGUUCCUUCCAUCCAUUCUUUCUUGCAACUGGUGAUUUUAAUCAUGACAAUUAUUCUGAUAUUGCUGCUGUUUAUUAUGGCACUGAUAAUAUUGGUAUACAUUUGGCAGAUUAUGAUGGAACUUUUCGAAGUGGACUUGUUUAUAGUACUGGUUAUGAUUCAUUUCCACAUUCAUUAGCAGUUGGCGAUUUGAAUCAAGACAAUCAAUUAGACAUUACUGUUGCAAAUUAUGGCACGAACAAUAUCGGAAUUUUUAUAGGACAAGAUAAUGGAAUAUUUAUAAACAAAUAUACUUAUAGCACUGCGCCAAAUUCUCACCCAUCAUCUGUUACUCUUGGCGAUGUGAACCAAGAUAAUCAUCUAGAUAUCCUUGUCUGUCAUUAUGGUCUUGGUAGUAUCGGCAUAUUUGUUAAUCGAGGUGAUAGUACUUUUGCCAGUCAAAUUCUAUAUCCCAUUGAUUCUCAGUAUCGUCUGCAAUUUAUUACUGUUGGUUAUAUUGAUACAGAUCAAUAUCUUGAUGUGGUUAUUGCCGAUUCGGAAAAUGACCGAAUACAUAUUCUACCCGGUUAUGAUAAUGCGAGUUUUGGUGCAUUAACAACCUAUGAUUUUGUUACUGGAUCGAAUCCAUCCUUUAUCGCAGUUGUGGAUUUUGAUAAAGAUAACCGAUCUGAUCUUGUCGUUACUAAUGACGGCAAAAAUAGUGUAGAUAUAUUGUGUGAUUAUUCAAGUAAGCCCUCUGUUCGACAAACGACAUAUUUCGUCGGUCGCGAUUCUCGUCCAUCGUCUGUUGUUAUUCACGAUUUCAAUAAAGAUGGUCAAUUAGAUGCACUCGUUGAUAAUUUUAAUAGCGAUUAUGUUGUUAUUUUCAACGGGAUUGGCAAGGGUAAAUUCAUUCAAGGAGAUGUUUAUCCAACAGGUAUGGGAUCUGCUCCACAAUAUAUGUGUCUCGGAGAUCUAAAUGCUGAUAAUCGUACGGAUAUGGUGGUAGUUAAUUUAGGAAGUAAUUCUCUUGGAAUCUUUUUUGGCAACGAAGAUGGAACGUUUCAAUCUAUGAAAUCAUAUUCGACAGGUACUCAGCCAUGGUUUGCGGCUGUUGGGGAUUUAGAUAAUGAUACAUAUCUAGACAUCGUGGCUGUCAAUUUGUUGUCAAGUUCUAUAAGCAUAUUUUUAAAUGACGGUAGCGGAAAUUUCAGUAGGCAAAAGACAUUCUCGACAGGUACCGCUUCUGAAUCGACUGCAGUUACUAUAGGAGAUCUGAGUAGUGAUGGUUAUCUCGAUCUCGCCGUCACUCUCGCAACACCGCCGUCCAUUGGCGUCUUUUUAGGCGUUGGCAAUGGAAGUUUCGGAGACAUGAUAAUAUAUUCAGCUGAUUGUGGAGGAUUCUCUUUUAUGGUUGUCUUCGCUGAUCUAAAUCGGGACAGGCACUUAGAUAUUGUUAUUACCUGCCCAAACGAGGAUCGCGUAUUCGUUUUUUUCGGAAUCGGUGAUGGAACGUUCCCAUCAGCUAUCGGAUUUUUCACCGGAUCUAACACAUUUCCUUACUACGUGUAUAUUAAUGACUUUAAUAAUGAUCAACAUCUUGAUAUUGCCACAACUUGCUCUACGGCAAAUGAAUUAGUCAUUUUUUAUGGAGACAGUACAGAAAACUUUAUUCUGGCGCGAAGAUAUUCCACAGGCAUUGGUUCAGGUCCAUAUGCUAUUACUGCUGCAGAUCUUAAUCAUGACGAACAUUUAGAAUAUGUAGUCACCUACUGGAGUAGUGGAUAUUUUGCUGUAUUAACUGAGUACGAUGCUGCCGAGUUCAGCAAGCAAUUCUCCUAUAAUACAGGAUCUGCUCCACAUCCAUAUUCGUUGGCCACUGGCGAUUUCAACGACGAUAAUCAAGCAGAUGUUGUCGUUGCCAAUUCAGAUACUGAUAGCAUCAAUAUCUUGUUUGGUUUAAACAACGGCAUGUUUAGCACACCAACUAUCUAUUCAACUGGUACUGAUAGUUCUCCACAAUAUGUUAUUACCGGCGAUGUCGAUAAAGACAGCCGUUUGGACAUCAUUAGUUUGAAUGCAAAAGAAAACACAAUGAGUAUAAUUAUGAAUAACGGCAAUGGAAGUUUUGCACAACAAAAGAAGUAUACAACUGGAUCGGAUUCAUUUCCAUCUAGUAUAGUUAUGGGUGAUCUGAAUAAUGAUAAUCGCAGCGAUUUUGUUAUCGCAAAUAAACAAAGUGAUAGUAUCGGCUUUUUUAUUGGAUUUGAUUAUACAUCAUUUCAAAAUCCGUUCACGUAUUCACUUGAAAAUGCUCGAGGACCAUCUGCUGCUCGAGUUUGUGAUGUGAAUGGUGAUACGUAUCUCGAUAUGGUUGUACUUUAUCAAGUCAGUGGUCUGUUAGGUGUAUUUCUUGGACACGGCAAUGGAAGUUUCACCCUCUCAACACUUCAUUCAACAGAACCUAACGUCUAUCCGUCCGAGUUCGCUAUCGCAGACUUCAACAAAGAUGAUCAUGUAGAUAUCGCCGUGAUUUAUUUCGACAGCAACGUCGUAAGCAUAUUUCUUGGAUAUGGCAAUGGAAAUUUUUCAAAUACAAUAACAUUUUCAACUGAAACAAAUACAAUUCCACGAAGUUUGACCACCGGAGAUGUAAACAAUGAUGAUCAAGUAGAUAUUGUCACAGUGAACACUUAUGCUGAUACUAUAAGUAUAUUUCUCGGAGAAGGUACGGGAAAUUUCACUUUGAUAGAAACCUAUUUGACUGAAGCUUCAGCUCAGCCGCAAGGAGCAUCCAUUGGAGAUUUAAAUAAGGAUGGCAAUAUGGAUAUUGCUGUAUGUAAUUAUUAUACUAGCACCACAAGCAUUUUUCUCGGCUAUGGCAAUGGAAGUUUUCAAGCGCAAGUGUUAUACUCCGUAGGUUAUCAGACCUGGGCUAACUCAAUAAAUCUCGCCGAUUUCAAUAAUGAUAGUAUACUGGAUAUUGUCGUAACUAAUUAUAAUGGGAACAACGUUGCCAUUCUUUUAGGGCUAGGGAAUGGCACAUUCAGUAAUGUAAGCGCAUAUUCGAUAGGCGAUGGUGCUGGACCUACUUACCAAUCUAUUGGAGAUUUUAAUAAUGAUCAAAUUUUAGAUAUUGCUGUUGUUAACACUAUCAUAAAUACAGUUGUCAUUCUAUUUGGAUUUGGAGAUGGGACGUUCUUGUUAGGGACUACUUAUUCUGCUGGUGCAAACUUUGCACCAGGAUCCAUAGCUUCAGGCGAUUUCAAUCACGAUGGACAAUCAGAUAUCAUUCUGACAAAUUUCAUAACCAAUACGAUUAUUGUUUUCGUUGACUAUGACCGUCAUUCUUAUGCAAGUGUAAUAGCACAUCGACUCGCUGAUGGAUCACAGCCACAUUCGGUUGCUCUCGGUGAUUUGAAUGAUGAUGGUUGGUUAGAUAUUGUCGUAGCCAAUUAUGGAACUGAUAACAUUGGCAUCUUAUUGGGACUCGGCAAUGCAUUGUUUAGUUCUAUGAUAACAUACUCAACAGGAAAUGAUUCCCAUCCGCUUUCUCUUGCUAUUGCUGAUCUUAAUCAUGAUAGCCACUUAGAUAUUGUUGUUAGUAACUCGGAAACGAACAAUGUCGCCUUUUUUCAUGGUUAUAGCAAUGGAACGUUUACUCUUACGGCACUCUACUCAACAGGUGUUCGCUCCCAGCCUUUUACAAUCACUGUUGGUGAUGUUAAUAAUGAUAAUAAUUUAGAUUUGAUCGUUGCCAAUUCUGGUACAAGCAAUAUAUUUGUAUUGCACGGAUAUGGAAAUGGAACAUUUGGAAAUGAAACUUCGUAUCCAUUAGGUUAUGAAAGUCUCCCAUAUUCAGUCGCAUUGGCUGAUUUAAAUAAUGAUGAACGAAUAGAUAUGGUUAUAGCAACCUACGGUACAGAAAAUAUAGACACUCUCGUAAAAAUGUGUGACUAA